AUGACCGCCCGGCCUGACGGGGCUGCGGAGGAGGGCGGGGAGGAUACGCUUUUCGACGACCCCGUGGAGGUGGUCGGCGAAGAGCUCGAAGGUUUACUGCGGCUCUCCCCCCCAAGCACGUCCAGCACGCCCGUGUUGGCCAUCAUCACGCAGCACGCGAUCGACUCGCCAGAGACGAUCCGCGAUUUUAUUGAAGAGACAGCAGCCAGGCUGGCGAAGGAGUCGGGAUGCCAGCAUGAGGCACCGCUUGUGACUUGGAAGCAGGAUCGGGAAGCAGCUACGACGUGCGGGCGCCUCCAGGCUGGUGUCCUCAGCCGGAAAGUACUGGACCGCCAGAUGACACACGACGGCGACCCUGGAUAUUGUCUGGCCAAGAGGGUCCGCAACCAGGUGUAUUACGACACCUCGAUUGAUCUCGACUGCCACGGCAAAGGCAACCAGUGUUCGGCGGGUACCUGCAUGAAGGCCGCCUUACAGGUCUUCGCCGGAGAAGCACGCGACGGCAUCCCGUCGGAGAUUGUGCGUGCCAUGUGCAAGGAACUAUUCUGUGCUUGUCGAACGGGGUACGGGGACGUCUCGCGUUCCAAGGACUCGGGACAGCGUCUCGGACACUCCAGAGCCGGUGGCUUAUUUAUUUUGUACCGGGCCCGUGGACGAGAGGCGUAA